AUGGAUUACCUCGCGCAUCGGCGAGAAUUCACUGAGGAAGAGAAGUCUGAGUGGGCCAAGCACCCUGAGAGAUAUCUCGAGUUCCGCAAGAGCAUGGAGGACGAUAUCAACACACGCUUCAAGCUUUUCAUGGAUCAUACACCUGAACAGAAGCUGGCUCGCCAAUCAGUCGUUGGCAACAUCAAGGCUAAACUUGACUCACGGCCUGACCUGGCCAAAUUUCUAGAGCCGGAUUUUGCUGUUGGGUAUGUACAAACUGCCAUGGAGAAUACCUUUUGGGGAGACAUUGCCGAGUUCACACCCAAUGGCAUUCUCACAAAGGAUGGUCGCGAGUCCAAGGUGGAUUCCAUCAUUUGUGCCACUGGUUUUGAGCUAUCUUAUGCACCUCGCUUCCCCAUCCUCGGCAAGGAUGGUCUUAACCUUCAAGAGGUAUGGCUCAAAGCUCCCGAGUCUUAUCUGUCAGUCUGUGCUGCUGAUAUGCCAAACUACUUUACUAUUCUUGGACCAGCCAGUUCCCUUGGUCACGGAAGCUUGGUUACGUCCAUUGAGAUGUGCAACCGCUUCAUCGUGAGAAUGAUCAGAAAGCUCCAGACACAAAACUACUCAUCUUUCAGCCUUCGUCCAGGAGUCGCUCGGGCUUAUCAGAAUCAUGCCCUGUCAUAUCUCAAGAGGACGGUAUGGGCAUCAGGGUGCACCAACACUUAUAAGAAUGGAACCAAGGAUGGAGAGCUUCGGUCACUGCAUCCAGGCUCACUAAUUCAGCUUUUUAAACUUCUUGAGGAUCUGAGAUACGAGGACUCUGAGUGGAAGAGUUUAUGUGAGGAUAGCGACCUUGCAUUUGCGUGGCUGGCGAACGGUUUCACAGCUCUGGAGGAAGAGAGACCUGAUGGAGCUGACCUGACGUGGUUCGUGGAUCCAGCGGACAGAGAGGCGAAACCAAUUCGAUUUGAAGCCUCUCACCAUGCCAACGGGAGUGGGAUGUCCCUGGCACUUUCCAGCAUAGCCGUUGACGCUGCCUUCGUACAUCUACUGCCCGACAACUUGCAGAGUGACAUCGCUGCACCCCUACUCUGCGGUAACUGGUAUCUCUAUGUACUCUGCUAUCAGGAAAUGCAAUUUGCAGACCGACAAUUGGCUGUUGAUCUCUGGUGCAGGUGGUUGACUGGGACAUCUAUCGCAAGAGCGCAAGGCUACCGCGUUAUUGCGGUUGAUACUGGCGAAGAUAAGAGGAGAAUUUGUCUUCAGUUUGGGGCUGCUCACUUUAUCGACCUUUUAACACAAAAUGUACCAGCAGAAGUCAAAAGACUCACAUCCCUAGGCGUCCACGGUGUUAUCUGCACAGCAGGAUCCAUCGCUGCCUACCAGCAAGCAGCUCACUGCGUGCGGAACGCAGGGACCAUAGUUUGUAUUGGCGUCAAUCCGCAAAACCUCCCUAUUUCGCCGCUGGAUAUGGUCCGUCGAGGCGAGUAG